AUUCCUCCGCGCCAACUUUCACAAUUGACAGUCAUGGCGACGAAGUGUCCGCUCAUUCAGCGAGAAAAAGUUAAACUUUUCACAAAUUAGCAGGUCUCGAUCGUCUGAUUUUUGCGUGAGGAUUACCAGGAAAAUGAGCACUUUAUGUUCCAGCCUCUUGGAAGCUCUCUACUGUUGAUAUAUGCAAAGAUAAAAUUGUUCUGAAUACCUGCGAAGGAAAAUCUUUGACUUUCAGAAUGACUCCUGUUCAUGGAGCGGAUGGGACCGCUACAUCUUCCAGAACUUCUUCGUCUGUGGCUAUACAGCAAAGGGAACGUAUAAAUGGCUGGUCGUGUCCGUGGCAUCCUUUACAGUUUGUGGCAUGGUUUUUUCUUAUCUUCUUCUCUGUAUUAUAUUUCGGUGUAAUUGUCUUCUAUCUCCCAAAAGAGUGGCGAGCAGCUGGAUUUAUUGUAUCCUUUCCCAUUACCUUUCGCAAUUCUUUAUAGGCUUCGAUGAAAACUGUCGCUUCAGUUUUUGAAGGUUUACUUUAAUGAUACGGGUGAUAUUUUUGAUACUUUAUGACGCGAUCGACUUUUCCCGUUGUUGUACACAACACGCAUUAAUAGUCGAUGUAGUUGUGGUCUUUAUUAUUUAAAUUUAUCAAGCUGAAUUUUUAUAUCCUCUAUCACCUUUCGAUAAUUUGAUGGAUCUGUUUUCUUCUUACUGCGUUUAACGGUUGUAGCUCAGUCUAAUAGGCUAAGAGAUAAUUCUGCUUUAUUCUGAGGGUUAUUUUCACUAAUUUUAAGGUGCUGAAUUAAUGAUAGGGAUUUAAAAGCCUGCAGAGGAGUACAUUAUGCACAUCAAUUGAGUAUCUAGCACUGAAGUGAAGACUGAAAUUAAAUCUAAAUUGUCUUUAUUUGUGAGUGCUGAGAAGGGAGAAUCCCCUCAAAUCCUUCUGAACUUGAAGAAAAUGCUUUUGAUCCUGGCAAAAAACUCACAAUGAAAUGUUCUUAAUUUGAAUAAUUUUUGUUUAAUGAAAUGAUUUUUUUUCUAGUUAAAACUAAGGGUUUUUUUGACGGAAGGAAUUGUAAAUAUAGUGUUUUGACGAAAUGGUUUUUUUUUUAAAGUGAAUUAAUUGUAAAUAGGAUUUUGAUAGUUAGCAUUGUUAUCAAUAAAAUAUGUACGAUCUGCUACUGUAAUUAAAAACUGACAAUAAUAAUAAUGAUAAUAAUAGUAAUAUCGGUGAGAUUUUCUGAGGGAAACUUUGAAAGUUAUUUCUGAGUAAGUGUUGCAUCAGUUCCUUGAUCUUUGGAAUAUUUCUGAGGGAUAUGGAAGAAAAAUCCUUUUUCUCUGAGGAGGGAAAGAACAAAGUGGGUUAUUUCUGAGGGUUGGACUGUGUCAUAAUGUUUUCUUCUCAAGGCGUAAAACUAUACUUCACCCAACUUAGGCUUUUUAAUGGUAUGGCCCUUACAUGUAGCUCUCCCAGCACUCUAACUGAUUUGACUUUGAGGCCACGUGUUAUGGGUAAACCACAUAGACAAGAAAACUAACUAUUUAUGUUAGAUAUACUUUCCUUGACCAUAAAUUAAGAUUCCGGGUGGUUUUUGUGGUAUACAUAUUGUCUACCACCUACUGGCAUUGACAAUUGACCCUGCAGAUCCCAGCAUCAGAGGAGGAACUAAGAAAAGCAAAGCAGUUUUUGAUAGAAGCCAACAUCGGCAUGUUAUUGAAAAUAGUCACUGUUAUAUCUGCCAAGUGGAUGUGUAAGUUUUGAUUUGUUUCAUGUACAGUAUGUAGUUUUAGGUUUAUAUGUAAUAUAAUGUGUAGAUGCAGUGAAAACCUGCAAGUAUAAGAACCUGGUUUUGUAAACCUGUUAUGCUAAAAUUUGCUUGUUAGGCCCCCUCUAUACAAGAACUUAUCUUAGCCUUCUGUACACCCAUGAAAACAAGAUAGUGUUAAAGCAGAUAAUUGAACUGCUAGGAAGUUCUUUUGGUUAUAAUUUAUUUUUCUUUAGUUUCCUACAAAAGUAGCCAGGGGAAAACCUCAGUCCUGAGUGUAAUGAUAUAAAUUUUAUGUAAUCAUAAUAAUAAUUAUUAUUGUGAUUAUUGCAGUAAAUUUAUUUGACCUAGCUCUUUUUUUUGUUUUGUUUUGUUGAUAUAGUGGUUCUAAGAGCAAGCAUUGCUCAGUGUGCAACAAGUGUGUAUCAGACUUUGAUCACCACUGUAAGUGGCUAAACAAUUGUGUUGGAGGCCAGAAUUACAGGUAAAUGAUGCUAGACCCAGUCCAAGUGCAGCACUUGUCAAUCAAGUGCUGAACCUAACUGAUGAUUUAGGUGUGAAAUACAUGUAAGAGUGACAUAUGAGCCAGUUUGUUUCCGGAGUUGAUUCAUGUAGUGAUGAUACUUUUCUCACACAUCAAGCCCAAUGUUAUUCAAUUUUGAAUAUGUAUUUAGCACUUAAAAUCCAAUAAUUCAUUUAAAAUUGUGUUUUGUGGUUUUGCUGUUUUAUUUUAUGGAUUGCCUAAGCUGUAAGUACCUUGUUUCAAUGAUUUGUUGUUCAAUUUUGUCAAAGUACAAUACUGUAGGCUAUUUCAGUGGAACUGCAUUUCAACCAUACAUGUACAUCAGUAAUAAAGUUCUGUUCAAUAUAGAGUUACUUUUACAAAUGUUCUCUUUGAUUUAAUGUUUGAUUCUCACUUUUUAAUGAUAAUAUUAUUAUUGUUGUACCAUAGAGGUCCCCAUUAAAGGAGAAAACAACAACAGCUUUUACUGUAGGGGAACAAACCCUAAAUGCGUUAAGACAAUUUGUGCCUGUAAUUUACAUUGUACAUUGUACAUGUACCCCGGUACAUGACAUUAUGUUCAUUAACAGGGCUUGUUUACUGUUUAACUGGUGAUGGUUGCUUCAUAACAAAGUGACUAAUAUUAUUAUUUUUUUCAUUUUCAUUUUCUCAGGUUAUUCAUCGGCUGUAUUUCCAGUGCAUUUGUUUUAGCAAUGUCCGUAUUUGCAGUUACCCUGUAUGUCUUUGUCUCGUCUUUUACAAGUAGAGACAGUCUAAAAUCUUUAUCAGGUAUGUUACCUUUCAAAGAGAAAAACUAAAAUACUGCUUACUAAAUAAUGCUGAUUUGGGGGUGCACUUUGCCUUUCUUAUAACCCAGGAUGCAAUGCACAAUAAACUGUUGCCAGUGUUCUGGUGUGUAUAGAGCUUAAAAAUAACUUGAAUUCCUCAAGCUUGUCCUCAGGACUAGGGACUCCUUAAUUCCGCUCUCUGGUUUUGGUUUUCUGAUGUGGAUGCACCUGAAGGAGAUACGAUAAGGGUUAGAUUUCAAGUUUUAGCACCUUCGGUCACACUUACACAAUGAAAAAUUAAACCUUCUGAAUUUGCUUGUCUAGAGCUAUUGUAUCCUCCUCUAAUUGAUCAAGUUUAAUAGCAAGAGGAUGACUUGCCUGGGACCUUCCCUGUACGACAAGUCAGCAUAAAAAGUUGAAGUAUUUCACUACAAAAGGAGACACUGUUAGCAGAGAUCAAAAUUUACUUGCCUGGCAGGGAAAUGGUCGAUGGCUGGAUGGGACAUUAUAGAAUUCUGGGCAGGGUACUUAAAUGUUCUGUUUGAGGAGUGAAAUCCAAUAGCAAUCAAAAUUUGACCCCUCUAACUCAUUGUGUUAGGGACCUUGAUUAAAAGGGAGAUUUACAGUCAUGUUUACAGCAAACGGCAAACUUCAGAUUCAUGUUGAGAAUCAAAAUAGGAGAAUAGGCGAAUAAAAACAGCUCAAAACAAUUCUUAUGGACAGAAAUGGCAUGAAACUACUAAUUUUUGUGUAGAAGUAACGAACAGUAAACGACUUACCAUAGAGGAGAAACUUGGUCACAUGGUACAAAUUCAUGUUUGCUGUGUCCUGUAAGUGUGACUUUAAAUCUCCCUAGUAAGGUGUUAAUUGAUUAUCAUAACACUGAUUUUUGCUCUGUCGGAGUAUCUAUUGAAUGUAUUUGCCUUAAAGAUAUUUUUCUUUCUCUUAUCCUAUAGGAGGAGAAUUCAAAAUAUUUGUUGCCGUCUCAUCAGAUGAAUUAUUUAUAUCAAUACUUGGAGUUGUGGCAGGACUGCUGCUUCUUGCUAUAGCGCUCCUGGGACAUCUUCUAGGAUUUCAUAUUUAUUUAAGUAAGCUGCAUCUCUAGAGCUGAGCUUUGUACCCAUCAGCAGGGUGUCAUUAAGUUUUGAAGCAGCCGUAGUGAAUGGAGAUUCACGCGUAACAUCUCAGAAAAAUUUAUAGUGUCAUCUUUAGCUUUCCACCUUGCCCACAUGUAACAUCAAGGACAAAAAAUUAAUUCUCACUCACUUUAACAGGCAUCUUACAUUCCACUGAAGAGGAUGUUCAGUGAUGAACAAAAUUUUAUUUUGUUAACAGGUGCUUCUUUGCCCUUCGCCUCAGCUUCUGAGCUUUUAUGUUUGUUUUGCAUUGUUGGUGAAAUGAAGUGCCUUAAUGGUAGGAUAGGUCUAACUCAAAUUUAAGCCGCACUUAUUUUAAAUUUUUGUGACAGCAAACUGUAAGGCCUGUACAUGUUUUACCGAUAUUUUACACUUGUAACUGUUUGUGAUAAUCCAUUACCAUAUUAAGGUGUCUUCCAUGUCCCUUGGUGUUUGCCAAAAAACUUGAGAAUCGUUUGUUUUCAGAAAACGUUGUGAUUGGACAAUUUUCUUUCAAGUAUCCCUGUUUUGAGUGUCCACUCUGUAAUAGAUUAUAUUUGAUAUAUUAUUUUGUUUUUCUCUUUGGCAGUUUAUCAUAAAAUCUCAACAUAUGAAUUCAUAGUGAGUUCUCGAGAGCAAAGAUCUGAAGCUUCUGAUGUGGAAGCUGGUACAGAUAAACCCUCUUCAUGCAAACAGUCAAAUAAGAAAAUGUUUAAGGUGGGUUUGCAAGAAAGCGACUUUCAGUUUGUUUCAUCCUUAACCAAGGACAUAAUGUGUCACAGACCCUCACGUGAUAAUUAGCUGGGUUCAUGGAAAACAGGAAAUUUCAAGAAGUGGUAGGCAAAGUCAUGGAACAUGACGAACUGAAGAAAGUAUGAACACUGAUUAAGCAUAAUAUAAUAGUAUAUUAAAUUCCAACUGGCUGAAGGUUUAUCAGUUGGGUAUGUUAUCAAGCAUGAUCAAGGAGGUGAUUAUACUUAAUCAGGACUACCAAGAAUUAAAUCAAGUCAGUGAUCAGGGCAAAGUCUAAUGUGCUGACCACUCAGUCCUGCUGGCUCCAAUUUCGUUGGCAGGGCCAGGGUUGUCAUUAAGAGCCGGGGGGCAGGGAUUUUCCCUGGCGACUAAGAGAGUGGGCCCCAGCUACUUAUAUUGGAAAGUAGAAGAAAAAUAGAACCAAAAGGUUUGGCCACUUGGUAUUUUCCCUUGAAAUCUUUGAGAAUGCAGGGAUCACUCAGGACAAAGGGAGGGGGGGGGGGGGGAAAAAUGAUCACACUUUAUAAAGCCGGAAACUUGAAAUCUUAGUGAUUGCCCUUUAUUGACAUUGAUCCUUGCAUAAUGAAAAAAAACUUGAACUUUCUCUCUUGUAGAAUAAAGUAAAACCAGAAGAAGAGAGGAGAGAGAAUGAUGAACCUCAAAGGUGAGAUUACAAAAAUGGUGCUUUAAAACCAAGUAUUCUAAAAAUAAUCAUUUGAUUUUAAUUAUCGAUCAUUCAUUUGCCUAUGGCGUGAUGGCCAGAUAAUUGGGUGGACACUGGCAGGACUAAAGCACAGGUCACAUUCCAUAGGUCAAGAGUACAGGUCACUGCUCCAUCAAUAAAUUACCAAACCACGUAGAGUCCCCUCGAUCAAAUAGAGCAUUUUGCUUAGAGAUUAGGCAGCCUUAGGAGACACUUUUAAUGUUAUUUAUUUAUCUGUAUCAUGGUGACCUGUACUCUGACCUGUGGAAAAGUGACCUGUAUUUUAGCUCCGCCAGUAGGCACCAUGCAGCCUCAACUAACUUCAAACAACGUUUUUUCCCAUAAUUUUUUGGUAAAAUGAACCUAUGAACCCAUUGUAUUUAUUUAUUUUUUAAAAAGGAGAUAAUAUUAACUUGACACGAGCAAGGGUUCCACCCCUGUUGGCUAAUGCAGGCUUUUACAAAGUUUCUUUCAUUCAUUCUUUCAGAAUUGAAAUAAGUGAUCAUGGUGCUUCUGAGGGGUCUGAUGAUACACUACCAAAUGAAACAACUGUUAAGUUUAUUAAUGAAGUCAGCUCUAAGGUGAGUCAUUUACUAGUCCCAAGAGGCCAUCUAUCAUGGUCAAGAAAAUUCUUUUGAAACUGUCUGCUUACAAAGUGCUUGACUUAUCAUACUGUAAUGAAAGUAACUGAAAAUUUACCUGCUCAUUAAUAAUACCGCAGAACUCUGUACAUUUUACAGAGCAAUAUACGAUCAAGUGAAUACAAAAAAUGGUUAGUUAUAUCGUCAAGGAGCCAGAUUUACAAAACCUUGCUAAUUUAACCCUUUCUUUUCCAAGAAUGCCCCAAGUGACAGGGCUAAUUAUUUAACAAGCUGAUAGUCAUAAAGGCUGCUAUGCUGACACAUCUAUUAAGCUAGCAGAUUGACAUGUUUGCAGAUUGAUUGACUUGAUGGGACACUGAUUUCCUGGAAUAUUAUGCAGACAUGCUGCACACUAACAAUAGUGUGUCAUUGCAGUUUGUCUAUAUUCCAUGCUUAUCUUAGGUUUUUGGACCAACUUUUGAUGGAGGGUGUCUUGUAGAGCCCUACCACUCCAGUCAUCUUAUGUCAUGACCCCUGGGCUCAAAUCAUUUACAAUGUCAAAAAUCUUUUUACUCUACUUUUACAUCAGGCUGCUGCAAAGCAGAACAGAUCCAAUGUAGAAGAAGAUACCCUACAACAACAGGAUUAUUCAACUAUCACAAGCCCUGAUACGGCUCAUUACUCACCCCAAGGAAUUACAGAAUGUGCAUCAUCUUCAGAAGAGAGCCUUAAAGAAAUUACACGCCCAUCCACUUCCCCUCGAGUAGAGGUUAAUCAGCCAGCUAGCAUAAUCACAUCACAGCUUCAAGAGACAAUUUCAAGCAAACAAUACCAAAGUGAACUGUUAUCUUUUAAUCCGGGACCUAGGAGGGUUUCCAUGGUAACUUUUAAUGACCAAGUAGAAGAACUUGUUCCCAGUUCUCAGGGAAAGAAAAAGAAAAAGACCAAUGUGAGUGAAGAUGCAAAUACAAAGACAUUGAACGGUGGAGAUUAUGAACUGACUGCAGUCAACAGAGAAAAUGCUAGUGCUGGACAGGAUACUGUUGAUGCUGUUACACCCAGGAAAAAGAAGAAGAAGAAACCUAAAGCAAAUUCCCCUGACAGCCUACCCCCUAUUGCUAGACGCCCAUUGCCACAAUUGCCACCACAAGAUGGUUAGGCCAAUGAGACCUGAACCAGAGUUCACAUUAUUUUUUAAGAAUUAUACCUCAGCCAGUUGACACUUUUUUAAUUUGCAAAGUGAAAGUUUAUCACAUUUUUGUUUUUCACUUGUCACCCUUUUCACAAUCAAUUUUUUUAAAAUGUAUAAAUGAACAUAAUAAUAUUGUUAGACCCUUUCAACUCCUUGCAAAUCAUGCGACACAGCAAUAUUUGCAUCAAAGCAAUUGAAUUGCAAUAUUUUAUUAUUAUUUUACAAUGAUUAGUUAAGCUUUUUUUUAGUGAUUUUGGCUGGGUUCUCUUCUGUAGUUAAUCAAGGAUUACAGGUAACCAAGCUUUGAACAAGUCUGUCAUGGUCGUAAAAGUUUUAAUGCAAUUUUAGUGGAACGAGAAUCUACUUUGGCCUUGCUAAUAUUUUAAGCAAAUCUUAUCACUAUUUUUUAAAAUAUGAAUAAUUUCAGUGAAAUGUGUAAAUUGUAUAUAUGAACAUACCUGUUUCCUAAUUAUGAUGUACAGUAGAUGAAAUAUUUAUAGCUUUAAGCAUAAAUUAUGUAUUUUAACAUGAAGAUCUUCAAGCCAAUCAACUUUCAUUGACUUCAAAUCAGUUUUGUCUUAAUGAUAUUAUUAAUAAAUAUUAAUAAUUAAUAAGUGAAAAAAUGGGACAGCUACAAUCCAAACCUGCUAAACUUAGAACAGUCUCUCUUCUUCUCAGAUUUAGUUCAAGGGGAAUGCAUGCCCGUGCAAGAGUUGUCAUUUUCGUUUUUUGGGUACUUCGCUCGGUGGAGUAAGAAAAAAGAGAGAAUGCUCGUAGCCAACAGACACACUGAAGUUUUAAACUUUGAGCAAAAGCAGCUGCUGGCAAUGGUGGUGUUUUUACUUUUACGCUGUAAUUUAUCUAGAUUGAGAUGCAUACAUUACAGCCAAGCUGUUUGCUAGCAGUGUGCUAUCUAGUCACACUGUCACCUGCACUCUUAUUUAUAGCAAUUUUUGUCAUUAAAAUGCUUAUUUAUUUACAAUUUAGCACUACAGUCUAUCUUCAAGGUC